CUAGUGUGCAGAAGCAAAGAUGGUCAGCCCCAACUAUCAGAACUACAAUCAUUCGUAAUUGUGGUACAGAUUCUUCAAGGACACAAAUCUAAUGGCUUAUAAAUCAGAUGUGAACACGUCUUCCGAUACUUGUAUUUUCUGGAGCAGUGCGUUUGUCAUUUUAAUGAUAUUUCUCUCGAUUCUUUUAUACAUGAUCUACACGCAGCAACAGAAUGAUCUUUACCUACAUAAGCUUGCCAAGACACCCAAGAGAUACUGAGAGCAACUAGGAGGAAGCUGUGAUACCAACCCCCUUCACCAUGGGGAAGAAGAAGGACCGGUCCAUGCCAGGCCCGGGCAAAAGACGAACAGUUCUUCAGAUUGAUGGCCCAGCUGUCAGCACCAAGAAAGGUUAUGCUCCAAGCAGUAGCACCAACGUCAAUGCCCUCAGUGGGUUAAUGGCCAACUACGGGGACAGCGAUGAAGAGCAGGAUUAUGCGCCCCCAACGUACAGUGACCCCAAGCCAGCCGAGGCCCCGGCAAAACCCAAAACCGCAAUGGAUGCCAAGCUAGCAGACUUUUUAGCUGAAAUUGAUGCUAUGGACACCGCCUCCAACAGCCCGGCCGGGGAGACGGAGGAUGGCAAACCGAUGGAGGAUGAAUCCAUCGAUGGUAGACCCAUAUCAGGAAGUGAUCCCGACCCAAUAGAUCCACAAGCCAUGAUGGGGAAUACCCUGGCAGCGGGUGGGGCGGAGACGGAGGCAGGGGUACCCAACCCUGAACUGACAGCUGUUGGGGAAUGGCAAGAGUUGCUGGAUGAGAAUACGAACUGUGUCUAUUACUGGAACAUGUACACCAAUGAAGUGACAUGGGAGAUGCCUCAGGCAUUCAAACUCCAGCAGGAGCAGCUUGCCUCUGCUACCACUGCCCUUCCUACAGCACCGGACACGGGUGCUGCAGAGGACAAUCAGGACAAUAUCCCAGCGGCAUCCGCUGUUGAAUCAAACGCAAUGGACGUUCAAAACGGGGACAUUGAUGGUGCAGAGAUCCCCAAUGGUGUCCCAACGGAGGAUCUACUGGCAAAGAUGGCCGAUGCUGUCGGCGAAGUCACCAAGGACGAUAUCGAAAAACUUCCUGUGUAUGGAUCAGCGCGGGUGAAAUACCAGCUUGAUCCGGUCCCGGAGGAGCUCAAGAAAGACGAUUUAAAAUCGAAGGACGAUGUCGACGAGGAGGAGGAGUUUGUUCCCAUCCCGAGGAAACGCAAACUGAACUAUGAAUCAAAAUUUACAAAAGGGGAGACCUUACUCCCUGCGACUGUGGACGCGAAAUCUAGCAAAUCAGAUGAUCGCGUCGAGGAACGGAUCGAGAGGGUCAAGGAAGAGAUCGACCACGAAGAGGAAGAGGAUGAGGAUGAUGACGAGGAGGAUGAUGGAAGAUAUGAUCUACAUCCGGAGCCAGAGGAGGAGAUCAAGGAGGAGAAGAAGGAGAAAGAUGAACUCUAUGCUGUUGAUAUGUUUGCUGAUGAGAUGGACGACAUUGAUACGCAGCUUGAGAUGGCGCUAGAAAAGAAAAAGGCUGAGUUAAAAGAGUUGGAAGAAGCAGAAGACAAGAAAUCACCCGAACCUUCAAAGUCUGAGAAAAGCAAGAAACGGAAAACCGAUGCAGCAGAGAUAGCUAGCAUUUAUGAUGAGAGUGGAAGCGUCGAUCUAUCAAGGUUCAAGAAGAAGCGAUUAGAGAACCUUGCUGGGAAGCAGAAGAGCUCUGGAGGAACUCAGGAGACCGGGAUUCAAUGUGACCUUCAUGAUGAAAUCACCCCAGAGGAAAGGGAUAAGGCCAAGGAAAAACAGAAGAAAAGGGAAGAGAAAGAAAAGAAAGAGGAGAUUGUUGAGAUGGUAUCUACCAUGAUGAACAAACUGGAAUUCCUUGGGAUCUCCACCAAAGGCCUUAACAAGUUCCAAGUCAUGCUCAUUGAAAUGGAGACUCGGAUCCAGGAUUGGAGGGAGGGGCUCCUGGAAAGCAAGCAGCUCCUGCAACGCCUGGAGACAUCAGACUGGGAGCUCCAGCGCUACGAGACGGACGCCGCCCCCAAGGGCUGGCUCUGCUCCUGGGACAGGACGCACAAGCAGUACUACUACACCAACAUAUCAACGAACGAGUCACAGUGGGAUUAUCCCGUAGAGGCUGCUGCCGAAGAUGCUAAGGGGGCGGAGUCGACGGUCACGAGGGAGGAGACGAGAAGCGCCUUCAGCAACGCCGCUGACCGAGGGUCCGCCAACGACGACGGGAACAGCGGAGAGGAGUCCAUGGAUGAGGGGAACACUUCUGAUGAAGAGCCUCCCAUCCCUAAGCCAGCCGAGAUUCAGCUACCCCCUGCCUUACCCCCGUCACCGACUCCUCCCCAACCCCCUAUGCCCCAAGAGGAAGCAGAGUCACCCCUCCCUCCCCCUCCUCUACCAGACGGCCCACCACCACCGCCACCACCAGGAGAGGAACCAGCCCUACCUCCAUUACCCCCAAGCCCACCGCCAUCCACCCCUCCACCAGCACCUCCUCCAGAGGAGGGGGACACCAUCCGACCUCUUACCCCACCCCCGUUCCUCUCCUCGUUCCCGGGCGUGGCCGCCAUGGCGCAACCCCCUCCCCCGCCCCAGACGUCCUCCAGGGACACGUCAACAGCUGUGAUAGGGAAACCUCAGGUCCUUUACUCGGCGCCUGCGGUGACCAAGGGUGCCUCCACAAUAGCUGCAGCACCGGUAUUGUCUGCACCUGCCACACAAGCCCCAGGACCGCCUGUACCGCAGCAACCAGCGGCACCUCCUGCUAGAAUCAAAAAGAAAAAGAAGAAAGGGAAAGAGGGUAAGUUGGUUAAGAGCAAGCUUCCACACUCCCUCGUCUCCAAGUGGAGCAAGAUCAAGGAAGAGCAGGAGAAAGAGAUGGAGGAGAGCGAGGAAAGCGAGGAGGAGGAUCUCGGAGUCCGCAACCAGAAGAUGAUUGAGGAAUGGAAAAAGGAGCAAUUAGUCAUGGGCAAAGCGAAGUACAAUGCCAACUUUGAGCAAAUCCAAGGGGACUGGAGGGAAAGACUAAAAAGGAAAACCAAACCGUGAUGCAUCG